GGUCGCCAGUGUGAUCUCAAAUGUGGUGGAGGGAGCUUCACUGAGGGGCGCUGCUGACGUGGUUGUCUGUGUAUUUGAGAACUACGGUGUUUUCAGUCGGUCGUAAAGAAAUGAUAUGAACAUGACUUAAUUAACAUUGAAGAAAAGACCCGGGUGUAUAUGUAGCAGUUUUUUUCGUGAUGUUGUCAAAAGGAAAAUCAACAUGGUAGAUCGGCAUUAAAAGAUAUUAUAAUAGUUCAGUGAUAUACCGUUAACGUUUAUGCGAAGUAUUUCCAUGCACCGUUCUAAGCAGACUACGUGAUAUCCGGACCAAAUAAGGAUCGAGCAACGAUGGCUGCAGUUAUGUCAGGUGGCGGGGCGACCAGCUACCUCUCCCAGAUGGUAAGGAAGAUGGGCGUAAAGGUAACACUGCUGAUGGUACUCCUAUCUGUGGGCGGAGCGAGAGCCGAAGCACCUACCGUAAUGGGCGUGCAACUGUUUGUCAAUAACACGCCCACGGAGGUUCUGGAUGUCACGGAGAAGGAGGCGAUAGUAGUGAGUUUCCAGUUGGACGCCCUGCCUGAGGACGCAUCUGUGGAGGUGGUGGUACAGGAGAACAGCGCCGACAGUUUCGGACACGUGAAAAUAUGGCCGAAUAGGUUCGCUUUAAAAGAAAUGGCGGGAGAUCUAACGGAAACAUUCAACUUGACGGGGACUUUCCUUGGAUUUUCGAAGCUUCAGUUCCUGUUGGUGGCACCCGAUGGAAAGCUACGGGCACUGAGCAAUGAGACUGAUAUUAUGGUCCAGCGCGCAGACAAACUUCACGACCAGAUCUUCACAGUAACCAUGAUAAUCCUCGUGGGCAUCGCUUACAUCAACAUGGGAUGUGCCAUUGACCUGGAAAUCAUCAAAAGGACACUGAAGAGACCUGUGGCGCCGGUUAUAGGCCUGGCAUCGCAGUAUUUGUUCAUGCCUCUGACGUCCUACACCCUGGGAUACUUCCUCUUCCACGACUCCCCGGCGCUGUGGCUCGGCCUCUUCAUCAUCGGCUGCUCUCCUGGCGGGGGAGGCUCUAACAUCUGGACGCACGUGUUGGGCGGCUCCCUCGACCUCUCCGUCACCAUGACCUUCGUGUCGACCGUGGUGGCUUUCGGUGCCUUGCCGAUGUGGGUGUACAUUCUCGCCAGCACCAUUUUCCAAGACGGCAACUUCGACUACAUUCCGUACUCGAAGAUGGCGGUGAUGGUGGUGGGGCUGGUGCUGCCCUGCGCCAUCGGGGUCGCCCUGAAGAAGUUUCUGCCGAAGGUGGCCGGGGUGCUUAAGAAGUUGCUGACGCCCGUGGCUGUUGUCUUCAUCAUCUUCGCCAGCACCUUCGGCGUCUACGUCAAUUUUUAUAUUUUCUAUUACUUCACCUGGAAGGUGGCCAUAGUGGGCAUGGCUCUUCCCUGGCUGGGGUUCCUGUUCGGGGCAGUGAUGGCUGUGCUGUGCAAAAGGCAGUUCGAGGAGGUGAUCGCCGUCAGUAUCGAAACGGGCAUUCAGAACACCGGCCUUGCUAUAGGAGUCGUUAAGUUCGCCCUCCAGAAAUUCUCUCCUCUGGGUGACAUCACCGUCGUGGUGCCAGUUGCGGUGGCCACGCUCACCCCAAUCCCACUCCUGCUGGCGCUCCUGUGCAAGCGGCUGUACGAACGACGCCGCAAGUCCAAGCUCGAGGGCAUAGACGGGCCCUGUGAGAACCCCGAAGAUCCUACAGCGUCUCCCUCCUCCUCCAACUUGAAAAUGACGCCGGCGAACUCACAGACGCCGCUAAGCAGAGACCUGAAGAAGUAGAGCGUUUUCCCACCAAAGGCGCGCGGGUGGAGUGUGGUUCUUUGUCCCCGUAUUUCCUCAAUGUGUUUUUAUUUAUGCUUUUUUAGAAAAGAAAGAUAUACAUAGUGCGUCCGAGAGGUAUUCAUGAGAAUGUCUUCAAGUGCGUGGAAAGUACGCAAGUGUAAGUGUAGCAUCAUUUAAUUCAUGAAGGUUUUGCUGUAUAUAAGAGAGAUCACAAGAGACUAUUUCAUGUGACUGCAAGAAGAAACCAGGUGGCUCUAUUGGGCUUAGGACUCAUUCAGGCCCUUUUAAUUAGUAGAAUGAUAGGUUUUAAUUUUUUAUAUAUGUAAUACCAUUAUGUAUAUGGAUAUUAUGGCAUUUCAUUGUGUAUGUUCUAUAUUUUGUAUAUGAUAUCAUAGAGAAUAUAUAAUCAGUUAAUAG